CUCAUCGGAUCUCGCCUCGCCUCGCCGCCAUGGUGUGGUGUAACCAUUGUGCGAAGAAAGUUGAGGGAUUUCGCCCAGAAGGCGGUGCUUUGGCUUGCAAUAAAUGUGGGAGGAUAUUGGAAAACUUCAAUUUUUCUGAUGAAGUUACAUUCAUUAAGAAUGCCGCUGGACAGAGCCAAGCCUCAGGUAACAUAGUGAGUAGUGUUCAGAGUGGGAUUACAAGCUCUCGUGCAAGGAGAAGUCGAAUAGCAAGAGAUGAGCUUAUGAAUUUGAGAGAUGCCUUGCAAAUUGGUGUUGACAGAGAUGAUGUCGUUAAUAUGGCUUCCCGGCUCUUUGAUAUGGCAGCUGACCAAAACUUCACCAAAGGGCGCAGAUCUGAACUAGUACUCUCUUCCUGUCUCUACUUGGCUUGCAGGUAUAAGAACCUUGCUGUUCUUCUUAUUGAUUUUUCAAGCUACCUUCGAGUUUCCGUUUACGAGUUAGGUUCUGUGUACUUGAAACUCUGUGAACUGUUCUAUAUGGUGGAUAACCCGAACCGUGAGGACCUUGAGGAGCUUGUUGAUCCUUCAAUCUUCAUUGAACGAUUCAUAAAGAGCUUAUUGAAAGGUGAACAUGAUGAAGACACAAGAAAAAAAGUCAUAAAAACAACUACGAACAUUAUAGCUAGUAUGAAGAGAGAUUGGAUGCAGACCGGCCGGAAACCAAGUGGAAUAUGUGGAGCAGCAAUUUACAUAGCUGCCCUUUCUCAUGGUAUCAUGUGCUCCACGACAAAUAUUGCACACAUUGUGCAUAUGUGUGGAGCAACAAUAACCAAAAGAUUGAAUGAGUUUGCUAAUACGGAGGCUGCAAGUUUAACUGUUGAGAAGCUCAAUAAAAGCGAAAAAAGUAUAUUGCUUGAAAAACCUUUUACGCCAAGACCAAAUUCUGACAAAGAAGUAGUGAACUGUAAACAUAAGAAAUCAAAAUGUUUUGGUUAUGGAUUAUGUAAGGACUGUCACGAAAAGUUCAUGAAAGUUUCUGGUGGAGUUGUUGGUGGGUCGGAUCCUCCUGCUUUCCAGCGAGCAGAGAAAGAGAGAAUGGAAAGAGCAGCUAGAGAAGAAAACGAAGGAGGAACUGGUUAG